AUGUUGCAUGCUCUAAUGCGCACAUCGAAGGUGUCUAUUGUAGCCAAUGGCAAUGCCAACAACAACAACUCCAAUAGCAGCAGCAGCAGCAAGCCCCACCCAAUGCAGCAGCAGAGAAGUAAAUACUCUUGCAUACCAACACAACGCCAACAACAACCACAACAACAACAACGACACCAACGAACAAACGAACAAGGCGAUAAAAACCGACGAACGCACAGUAACCGCAUAGAAAAAGCAAAAACUAACGGAAGUGCCUCACAUAGCAAGAAUAGAAAAAUUAGAGAAGCGCAAAAGAAAUCGUAUACUCGAUUAUGCGAUGCUACCAACAGUAAAAACAACAAAUGUCAUCAAUGGAAGAGGCAUAAAAACGAGCAGCAGCAGCUGCUGCAAUUGGAAGCGACGAGCAGAGGCGAAGGUGGCAGAGAAAGCGCAAAGGAAUGCGGGAGGCAGGAUGUCAGUGAGGAAGAGGAAUCAAAAUGA